CGAUCGUAAGUUGUCUUUCGGAUUUUCAGCGGAUUGAAACAUUUUUUGGCGGGACAAAGUGUAACUCUGUAUUCAAAUCGCAAUGUUAAUCAAAGUGGGGAUUUUUCUUUUAAUAAUGACAACGGGUUGUUAUGCCGAUGUUAAUACCAUCACAGUGGAUACUACGUUGGGCGCCAUAAAAGGCAUCGAAAUGGAAACACGUUUUGGCAACAAAUUUUGGUCCUUUCGUGGAAUACGUUAUGUUGAACCACCAUUGGGAGAGUUACGUUUUCAAAAUCCUCAACCAAUUAAAGCUUGGAAACCAGAAGUAUUGGAUGCAACCAGCGAUGGACCCCUAUGUCCACAAGUAACCGAACACAUGGAUAUGCUGGCAGAAGAUUGCCUACAUUUAAAUAUCUACACCAAAUCACUGAACUCCGACCAACCUCUGAAGCCCGUCAUAGUUUUCAUACAUCCCGGCGGCUUUCAUGGAGGUACUGGCAUCAGUGUCCUAAUGGGGCCACGUUAUUUCAUGGAACGUGACAUUGUCUUGGUGACAUUUAAUUAUCGCCUGGCCUCAUUGGGUUUCUUGGCCAUCAAUACUGCACAAGCUACGGGAAAUAUGGGUCUGAAGGACCAAGUUAUGGUUUUACGUUGGAUCCGCGAUCACAUUGAAAAAUUUGGUGGUGAUUCGAAUUCUGUUACCUUGUGGGGCUACAGUGCCGGAAGUCUAAGUGUGGGUUUACAUAUGCUGUCGCCAAUGUCCAAGGGUCUAUUCCAUCGUGCAAUAAUGCAAAGUGCAUCGCCAUUGGGUCAUUUUCGUUAUGACAAUAAUCAAAUGGAAUUGGCUGAGAAACAAGCAAAACUAUUGGAGUGUCCUACUGCACCCGUGGCAGAUAUGGUGAAAUGUUUAAAGGAAAAACCAAUGAUGGAUUAUGUAAAAACCUCAACCGAUAUGUUUGAAUCGAAUUGGAAUCCGAUUUACAAUUGGUUUCCAGUUGUGGAAGCGGAUUUUGGUCAAGAACGUUUCCUUACCGAAGACCCCUAUAAAACAAUGAUGAGUGGCAAUAUAAACAAGGUUCCGCUUAUGAUUGGUUUAGCCGAAUAUGAAUUGUAUUUCUUUGCACAUCAUACUUUACUUAACGAAGAACAGCGUCAGCAUUUUAUAGAUGAAUUUGAUAAAUAUGCUCCCAUAUAUUUCAUGUACGAAAGAUCAGGUCCCAUGUCUGCAAACAUAAGUCAGCAAUUGGGAGCAUACUAUUUGCAAGGCAAUCCAAUUGAGUUUCCAAAAUCUGUGGAAAAAUUUGCUGAGGUAUAUAGCGAUAGUUUGAUAUGCUUUGCCAAUCAUCGUUUUUUGCAAAUGAUUGCCGAACAUGUGCCCGUCUACAAUUAUUUAUUUAAUUAUAAGGGCCGUUAUAAUUACUUUAAGCUGGACGAAGCUUUGGGUGCCAUGCAUCUUGAUGAGCUUCUCUAUUUCUUCAAUUCACCGCUGUUAACCCCAACAUUUACGGCAGGUGAUCCUGAAAAUGAUACCAUAGAAAGGUUAACACGUUUGUGGUAUGAAUUUGCAAAGAAGGGUGAUCCAAAUAAUCCAUCCGAUGAUUAUCUGAAAAAUAUCCAAUGGCCGCUACAUAGCUCAAACAAUAUGGAGUAUUUGCAAAUUGAUGAAGAUGUCAAUGUAAAAAUGAAUGGCAUAUUCUCGGAUCGUAUGAAGUUUUGGGAGACUCUUUUCCCCUUACAAGAAGUAAUUGGUAAAUUCUAAUGGAAUAAAAUUUAAAUGUCUUUAAAUAACUUUUAGAAAUAUACAUAUUAAGCAUGCCCAGCAA